AUAUUGUCCAAAACCCCCGAAGCCCGCCGAYAUUUGUCCCAUGGCGACGAGUAGASCCGAGGAGAGGGCGAAUGUGGAAGGGGCCGAUCUUCUGGGGCAACCGACCUUCACAGAGCUCGAAAAUGGCCGAUUCCGCUGCGUGGAGACCGGCCACGAACUCCUCCCCAAGGAUAAGGACWCCUACUCUCGGACCAAGCGCUGCCGCAUCGGCCUCAUCGACUUCGCUUUGUCCCAUCGAAAAGCUCCUCUCAAUAUGUUCGACCAGGAUCCUCUCUCUCGUUCGAAGUUAAAAUGCAAACUGACUGGUGAUACCAUCAACAAAACAGAGGAACAUAUAUGGAAGCACAUUAAUGGCAAGCGUUUCCUCAACAAAUUAGAGCAAAAGGAGUUAGAGAAAGAGUCGGCUAAAUCAGGAGAGCAGCAAGCCAAGAAGAAGGCUGCUAAGGCUUCAAAGGCAAGUACAGAAAAUUCAAAUAAGAAGAAGAAGAAGGAACUGGAGAAGACUACUUCUGAAGCAAGGGAACCCAAUGGGGGGAAUGACUCAGAGGACGCCUUCUGGAUGCCUCCGGUAGGGCAGCGUUGGGAUUGUGACAAUGGAGGAGACCGAUGGGUUUCAGGAUCAGAUUCGGAGCAUGAAAGUGAGAAGGUCAUUGCAAUGGAUGACGAGGAUAAACCUGGUGAAACCGAGUCAGAUGAAUUAUCUAAGCAGACCAAAAGAAUGUCUAUAGAGAUUGGACCCAGUAGCUUUGCUUCAAGAAAGAAGAAAAGCAAGAAAAGCUCUAAGUGAGCAACAUUUUCUCAAGCACUUCCGAUAAUCCGACCGUAUUCAGGUUACUUAGGUGAGCACGGACCGCCUCCGCUCGCCAUCUGCAGUAUGCUGCAUCCAUCUUCAUAGGUCCUUAUUUAAUCACCAUUUGUUUUUAUCUUCUUCCCUUAAUGUCUGAAUUGACUGUACUCUUCUUAGCUUAGCUGAUUGAAGUUUUGCUCUCUUGUUCCUUCUUUUGUAGCACUAGAUAUAUAGAUAUAUAGACUGGUCCCUAAUUUUUGUUAAAA